AGGAACUCUCAAAUUCUUUGAUAUUUGCAACUAGAAUCCACCAAAUUCAUCGCUUCCCACUUGUUUUAACAUCGUCCUGAGCAAAGUUGCAGCCAUCAAAAGAUUACGCGCCACAAGACUGCGCCUCCCCGCAAUGCGAACAUGACAGCACACGCACACGCGUAAGAACCAGAAGCCAUCUAUCCAGUUCAUGGACAGGCUGCCACUCGAGACAUGGUUCUACGAGGUGCCCAUUGUCACGCGAUGCUUCGUUGUAGGCGCCAUCCUCACCUCCCUCGCAGUGCAAAUUGAUCUCGUCAGUCCCUUCCAGCUCUUCUUCUCCUGGUCUACGGCCGUCACAAAGCAGCAAUACUGGCGCUUCCUCACAACCUUCCUCUUCUUUGGCGAACUCUCUGUCGAUUUCCUCUUCCAUCUCUUCUUCAUGUCGCGCUACUGCCGCAUGCUAGAAGAAUCCUAUGCGCGCCGUACCCUUGAUUUCGCCUGGCUCAUGGGUAUCGCAGCUGCUGGACUCAUCCUCCUCUCACCCUUUGCGCGAGACCCGUAUCUGGGCAGCGCACUCAGUUUCACCUUGACCUAUCUCUGGUCACGUCGCAACCCAACCGUUCAACUCUCCAUGCUGGGUCUCUUUACAUUCUCAGCUGCGUGGCUACCUUGGGUCCUCAUUGGCUUCUCCCUUGUUAUUUAUGGUCACUUACCCGUCGCUGACUUAUUGGGCCUAGCGGUGGGUCAUGUCAUUUACUUUUUGGAGGAUGUAUGGCCCCUGAAUGCAACGAGCGGUGGUGCACGCUACCUAGCGCCGCCCAGAAGUUUAAGACGCUGGGCAGGGUAUGAGCAAGAGGAACGACAGGUAUCUGCAGGUGUUGCUCCAGCGCCUGUUGCAGGCGUUCAAGAAGGACAUGUGCAUCAUGAUUAACGAGACCUUUUAUUCAUAUAUCCCU